AUGCUCAAAGGAAGAAAUAUGAAAUCUCUAAUGUUGAUCAGUCGCAUGCAGGAGUUUAUACCUGUAAGGGAACACAGUCAACAGGCCGACUAUACACACACACCAGUGAAGCUGUUACACUGACUGUAUCAGUAAAAGUCAGACCUACAAUCACCUCAAACCAUGACGGAGCUGUACUGACAGGAAACACAGUGACUCUGUACUGUAACCUCCCUCAGUCUGCUGGAUGGACGUUUUACUGGUCCAAACACACACAGAACUCUGAGAAGGAGACCAUCACCAACGUCUACACCAUCAGCUCAGUUAGUCUCUCUGAUGGAGGUCAGUACUGGUGCAGAGCUGGCAGAGGAAACCCAGUCUACUACACACACUACAGUGAUGCACUCUGGGUAAACGUUACUGACAGCACUAAAGCUGUGGUGUCCAUAAAGCCUGAUAAACAGGUGUUUAAAGGAGAGGCGGUCACUCUGAGAUGUGACACACAGGCAGGAGGAGACACUGAGUGGACUUACAGCUGGUAUAAAGAUGACCGUUUGUCCCCAAACAGAAGAACACAGGAGUUCACAAUCAGCUCUGUUACAGAGUCUAACGGUGGUAAAUACACCUGCAGAGGAGAAAGAAAACAUGACUCUCAGAGCUCAGAGAUCAGUGAUGCUGUUACACUGACUGUGUCUGAUGUAGCUCAGGCAGUAUUGAGUGUGUCUCCACAGAGCUGGCUGACUGAAGGAGACUCAGUGACUCUAAGCUGUGAGGUUACAGGCUCCUCUACAGGCUGGACAUUCAGCUGGUACAGAGCUGUUCUCUACAGACAAGGCUUACAACAAAUAAGAGACGUUCAUGGCAAUGUUCUGUAUCAUGUAGAGCUCCUGUCAGACAGCAGAAGAGAAGCUGGAGGCUCCUACACUCUCAGUCCUGCUGCUCUAAAUCACACAGGAGUUUAUGUGUGCAGAGCAGAGAGAGGAGAACCAGCCUAUCAGACACAGUACAGCACUCCACAGACACUAUGGAUCACUGGUUCAUCUCCUCCAGCCUCUCUGAUCAUCAGUCCCAGCAGAACUCAACAUUUUAGUGCUGGCUCUCUCUCACUGAGCUGUGAGGGACAGAGUGACUCUACUGGAUGGAGAGUGAGACGAUACACACACAGUGGGGAGGUGUCAGAUUGUUCAUCAGUUACAGGAUCUACAUGCAACAUCAGCUCCCUCUACACAUCCCUCACUGGAGUUUACUGGUGUCAGUCUGAAUCUGGAGGAGGAAGUGAUCCUCUUAACAUCACAGUGCACAAUGGUGAUGUGAUUCUGGACAGUCCUGUCCAUCCUGUGACUGAGGGAGAUUCUCUGACUCUCCGCUGUUUAUGUCGCUCCACAAAGCCCUCAAACCUCACAGCUGAUUUCUAUAAAGAUGGAUCACUGCUCCAGACCCAGACUACAGGAGAGAUGAUCAUCCGUACUGUCUCAAAGUCAGAUGAAGGUCUCUACCACUGUAAACACCCAGAGAAAGGAGAGUCACCAAAGAGCUGGCUCUCAGUCAGAGGUUUGUCCAGUUCAGGAGCUCCAGUCUCAGUGCUCAGUCUGCUCAGUAGUUUAAUGGCAGUGGCUCCGUAUUUGCUGGUGUCCAUUGUGCUGUGGGUCAAAUGCUACAGAGCUCGAGGUAAAAACUCAGUUUCCCUGUGUAUUUCUUCAAAGUGUUAGUAGCGUUUUUUUUUACUACUAUAUAAAAUCUGAUGAAAGACUGAUGUGAAAAGUUAAUCAAUAUGUUUUUCACAGCUAAAGCUGAUGAAGAGAACAGAACAUAAGCAGUGAUGGAAGCUGGAGCAUCUUGAGUGCUAUAUAUAUAAGUUUGUAUAUUGUAGUUGCAAUGAUUAGAGACUGAUAAGAAAAGACUAUUACACAAUUGUCUUAAAUAGACAGAAUUUCCUAAAUACUGUCCUAACUUUAUCCUUCUUAGUUAAUGUUCAUAAAAUGUCAUCAAAUAAAAUACUGCAGUGACAGUGCUGAAUAAUGAGGUGAGUUGAAUGUGUGGCUGUUUAUUUAGAGGAAUAAAGUUCUAAAGGCUACAGCUUUGAGUAAUGGAAACUGCAGGGGGCGCUUUCAUGGUAUUUUAUUUACAGUUUAUCACACUUUAGUUUUGUUUUGUUAUUUUUUUACAUUGGUAGCAGUGUAAAAAAAAACUUAGAAAACUUAAAAAAAUAAAGUAGCUUUUUAAUAGUUUUGAUUAGGUGUUGCUCUGGCUGUGCAUGUAUUUUCGGUCGCUAACAGAGAUGAGACUCUCUCAGAUUAGAUAUAAUCCGUAAAUUAAAACAAGAUUUGCUUCUACAGGAACUCCUGGUUUGGGUUUUAAGGAGUGAAGACAGAAAAGGGCCUGAAUACAUUUAGACUGUCAGAAUUAGUUUUAUAAGAAUAAUUAGAAGAAGAAAAAAUGUCUUGUGCAUAGGGUUAAGGUUUUAUGGUCCUUCAUCCCUUUUUUUUAUACCUUUACUCUACAAUAUAAAAGUCUUGUCCAUUUUCCAUUUAAAGCUAAGUGUUGAUAUAAACAUUAAACAUAUUUUGAAUAUAUCACCAUAAAAUAAUGAGGUAAAAUAGUGUAAUUAUUUUCAUACUGUGUGGUGGAUUUGAAUUGAUUUUAUAUUUUCUUUGGUUUUGUUUUUGGUAUUAUUAUAUUUUUCCAUUUUCAUGGGUUUUGAUGCUUAAUGUAUUCUAAUCUGCUUGUUUAGUUUUAUAUUUUGGUCCUUUAUCUUUUCCUUAUGACUAACCAAAAUAAAUAUUCAUAAUCUAAUGGUGACACAAUGCAGUGUGGCCAUAUGUUUUAAUAUUCUCAUUCUUGUAUGUUUUGCAUUCAUUUAUUGUAAACUAACUGUUGAUCCUUUUUAAUGCAGUUAAAUUACGUUUAUAAUAAAGU